UUCUAGGCAGAUCAGCGCUGACUAAUUACAGACGGAUCCUCAGCGAUCUUAAAGCAGGUUGAUGGGAACUCAAAACUGUUGACCCCUGGUUUUGUCUUCUUGUAACCACAUAUAUGUAGCUUCAUCUGGGACAUAUAAAACUCCUUCAGCACAAUGUCUGCGCCGGGUUUUACGAAUCUCAACCCCUCCGUCAAUAAUUACGUGAAUCCAACACAGAACGGUGGCGGAGGUGCAACCCCUUAUCACAACGGUCCAGGCCAGCCACUCCCAGCCAUGUAUCCUGCUUCAAACUACUACACUGGAGUUCCCCAGCAGGGUUAUCUUGCCAUGCCGGGUCAGUUACCCCCACCGCCCAGCAAAGCCCCACCGAUGAACACUGACUUCAGCGCCACCUACUACCACAACAGCCACUCCCAGGCUGGGGCAGGGCCAGGUGUAGGGCCCACCCCUUACCCACCUCCCCAUGGCUUGCAGACUCCAACCCAGCCACCUUCCACCGCUACCCACUCUGUUUCUGGAGCCCCCCAGUACCAGCCGCCUGCCUCUUAUGCCACACCUGCUAACUACUACGGACAGCGUUAUGGUGCCUCCUCUCAGGGCCAGCAGCAGCCGAUGCUGGUGCCUGCGUCGAGCAGCAGUAAUCCACUUUUCCCCAUCGUCUCCUACCCAUCAGGCCCUGGGAGCAGUGAGUAUGGGACGCUAAGAUCAUCCCAGGGAGCUGCAGAGCGUCCCCCCAUCCCUGCUGUGAUCCAACCACCAACCCACAGUGCUUUGCAGCAGUAUCCUCAGGGCAAUGGGGCCACACCCAAACCAGCGCAGCAGGGGUACGGAGCCCCACCCCUCACCCAAACGGCCACUGUCAAUGGCCAGUCAAAUGCAGUUCAACAGUGCUAUGACCAAACCCCCCCAGGCCCUGUGGGCCCUCAUUACAGCAGCACCUCCCCCAGUUUGGAGGGCCCUGUCAGGGGUCACGCCCCCUCGGGGACGCCCUCCACCUCCGUGCAUUCUUCACCGAGCCGCCAGCAAGGGCUCCUGUAUGGUGGAUAUGGGGAAAAUAGCGCUCCUAGUUCAUCCACAGGGUUGCCAGGUGACCACUCCUCAUCCAGCUCUGACCAAGACGACGAGGAUGAGGAGGAUGAGGAAGCAGGUGGAGACAGUUCUUCCACCACCACAGGUAGUGCAUCUCCUGUUCCCAACAGCUACGAGUCCUUGGAAGGAGGCAUCUACCCAGGCUCCUCCUCUGUUCCUCCUCCUGCUGACCCAACCAAACAAGCCCCGCCCUUUGGUUACAACUAUCCAGCCAUGCAACCUGGUUAUCAACAAAGCCCCACCCCGAGAGCAGGCUCCUCCCCAUCACAUGGAGGGUACAAUGCACCUGGAUAUCAGCCGUAUUCCCAGCCGUUCCCCAGUCUUUCUCAGCUGUCGACAGCGCUGGGGGGUCUGAGUGGGGUUUCAGAACAGGAAGUGGAGGGCUUGCGUCCCGUCAAUCUUCUGCAAGAGAGGAACCUCCUCCCCCUGAAACGCGGCACUCCAGCUGAGCCCAACCUCAGCAGUAACCUGCGCAAGAUGAACUGCAGCCCAGAUACGUUUCGCUGCACUCUCAGCAGUAUUCCUCAGACUCAGGCCCUGUUGAAUAAAGCUCGCCUGCCCCUGGGCCUCCUCCUGCACCCUUUUAGGGAUCUGACGCAGUUGCCAGUCAUCACCUCCAACACCAUCGUGCGCUGUCGCUCCUGUAGGACAUAUAUCAAUCCGUUCGUGUCGUUCCUAGACCAGCACCGCUGGAAGUGUAACCUCUGUUACCGCGUCAAUGACGUUCCUGAUGAGUUCAUGUAUAAUCCAGUCACACGGUCCUAUGGUGAACCACAUAAGAGGCCAGAGGUGCAGAACUCCACAGUAGAGUUCAUUGCUUCCUCAGAUUACAUGCUGCGCCCUCCUCAGCCUGCAGCCUACCUGUUUGUGUUGGAUGUAUCCCAUAAUGCAGUGGAGUCGGGCUACCUGAACGUGUUGUGCCAGUCGCUGCUGGAAAACCUGGAGAAGCUGCCUGGUGAUUCGCGCACUCGUAUCGGUUUUCUGACCUUUGACAGCACUAUCCACUUCUACAACCUGCAGGAGGGUCUGUCCCAGCCGCAGAUGCUAGUGGUGUCCGACAUUGACGAUGUGUUCAUUCCAACUCCUGACAGUCUGCUGGUAAACCUAAAAGAGAGUCAUGAGAUGGUGAAAGAUCUGCUUAAUGCAUUGCCGGCGAUGUUCACACACACCCGGGAGACCCACAGUGCUCUGGGGCCUGCACUGCAGGCCGCGUACAAGCUGAUGUCAGCCACUGGGGGGCGCGUGUCUGUGUUCCAGACCCAGCUGCCCUCCCUGGGGGCAGGACUGCUCCAGUCACGAGAGGACCCUAACCUGAGAUCCAGCACCAAGGGCGUACAGCACCUGGGUCCUGCUACAGACUUUUAUAAGAAGCUGGCUCUGGACUGUUCUGGUCAGCAGAUAGGGGUGGACCUGUUCCUGCUCAGCUCUCAGUAUUCUGAUCUGGCAUCUUUAGCGUGCGUGUCGAAGUACUCGGCUGGCAGCAUCUUCUACUACCCCGGCUUCCAUCAUGUCCACAGCCCCGCACAGAACCUGAAGCUUCAGCAGGACCUCCAUCGCUACCUCACCAGGAAGAUCGGCUUCGAGGCCGUCAUGAGGAUCAGGUGCACCAAAGGACUGUCGAUACACACGUUCCAUGGUAACUUCUUUGUGCGGUCCACUGAUUUGCUGUCUCUGGCCAACGUGAACCCGGACUCUGGCUUCGCUGUGCAGAUGUCCAUAGACGAGAGUUUAGCUGACACGUCGCUAGCCUGCUUCCAGGCCGCACUUCUCUACACAUCCAGCAAAGGCAAGCGGCGAAUCAGAGUGCACACGCUGUGCCUGCCAGUGGUAAGCCAGCUCAGCGACGUGUUUGCGGGAGCUGAUGUUGAAGCCAUUACCUGUCUGCUCGCCAACAUGGCCAUAGACCGCUCCAUCUCCUCCAGUCUGUUGGAUGCACGGGACGCGCUGGUGAACGCAGUGGUGGACUCUUUGGAGGCGUACCGUGCUAACGGCUCCAACCUGCAGCUCUCGGGCCUCACCGCCCCUGCCGCCCUGCGCCUCUUCCCGUUAUAUGUACUCGCACUGCUCAAACAGAAAGCGCUGCGGACGGGGACAAGCACUCGCCUGGAUGAUCGAGUGUUUGCCAUGUGCGAGUUUAAGAGCCAGCCACUCAAACAGAUCAUGCGCUUGAUCCACCCCGACCUGUACCGCGUCGACAACCUGACAGAACAGGGGGCCCUGCACCUGAAUGAGCGCAUGAUUCCCCAGCCUCCUCUACUGCAGCUGUCCGCUGAGAAGCUCAGCCGAGACGGCGCCUUCCUCAUGGACUGUGGCAGCGUGAUGUAUCUGUGGGUGGGAAAGUGCUGUGACGAGAUGUUCGUACGAGACGUUUUGGGCUGUCCAGACUACGCCUCCAUACCUCCCGACAUGACGGAGAUCCCAGCUCUGGAGACGACGGCGUCGGAGAGAACCCGAGCGUUUGUGUCCUGGCUGCAGGAGGCCAGAGCAUUCUGCGCCGCCUUCUGUGUGCUCAAAGAUGAGCCCUCUGCUAAGAGUAGCUUUUUCCAGCACCUGAUCGAGGAUCGUUCCGAGUCCGCCUUCUCCUACUACGAGUUCCUUCUGCACAUCCAGCAGCAAAUGUCCAAAUAGAGGCCCACAGAACCGAGCCCGGCGCUCCACCGCUGGUUCUGGCACUGUGGACCCAUUUCUGCAGCAGGCUGUGCCAUUGGACAGCAGAGUGUCUCACACACCCCUCCCGUCUCCCAUUGGCCACAGCCCGUGACCCCUCUUGGGGGAGAGGGGUCAAGAACAAUUGAAGCAAAGCAUUGAAUAAAUGAACACAUCAUUUUACAUACGCUGAACAACAGUGCAGCAAGUACAUUGAAUGAAAAAGGAGCUAUACCCCAUAUAUGGACACCGAUCGGCCAGGCCGCACUGGUCCCGCCUCCACCACUCAUUACCGAUUGGGCAGGCAGCACUGGUCCCGCCUCCACCACUAAUGUCCUGUCAUAGCUACUGUUGUACCACAUAACUUGAUUCCAAAUAUUUUUAUCCCCUCCCGCAGUGCCCCUCAUCUCUGCUACAUUACCUGUAGGUGCACUCUCACACUAGUGAUGAAAGUUUUCACACCUAGCCUUCACUAACACUGCUCUUGUUUGCUUUUUUUGCUUUUUUUUAACACUGCCAUACCGCACUCCAUAGCACCUGCAGACAUUCUUGUCAUUCCAUUUCUAUUGCCUCCCUCUUUUUUGCUCUCUUAUAUUUCAUCUGAUUUUUAUUUUCCCUCUAACAUGCUGGCGUGUGUAUGGGUGUGUGUGCAGUUGUGGUGUACUGAGUACAGGUCCAUCUGUGUCACAACCAUAACGCACACACCACUCUGCAUCGCUGCCAGGAUCUGUGCUUUGUGUGAUGCUAGGAUAAUUCUCCUUCACUCCUUGCUUCCGUGAGGACCCCACAUGACGACGUAGAUGGCAAAACCGUUGUCAUCCAUCCACUUUGUAACUCUGGGGAAAAUAAUAUUUUAUGUGCGAUAAUUUAUGAUGAGCUUAUUGAAUAAAAUGAAAGGCUGUACGUCUCUGUGGCGUUUCGA